AUGAUGUCUACGAUGCAAGAGAAGAAGAGCAUUAUCCUGAUCAUGGAGCACUGCUCUGGGGGCGAUCUGGAUUCCUAUAGAGCGAAUAGCAAGCAUGGAUUCAUCAACGAGGAGAAGUGCAGGGGGUUCUUCAACCAGAUCAUUUCCGGGGUGGAUUAUCUACAUAAGAACUUCAUGACACAUCGCGAUAUAAAACCGGCCAAUAUCAUCCUGGACAGCAAGCACACCACCCCGAAGCUCAUAGAUUUCGGAUUCACCAAUAUAUUCGACGAUAAAGAAAAAAUGAAGUCAUUCCUAGGGUCGCCACAUUUCGCAGCACCAGAACUUCUCACUGGCACCAAAUACGAAGGCCCCAUG